UGUCAGAAUCGAAUACGUUGAUGACAUCUUUCGCCACGUAAUUUUGUAUGUUGUUUUUAGGCGUUCGCGGCCGGGAAGCUAGAAAUUACACGAAUUACAUUAACUAUUGCUGUUAUCUGUAUUGAUAAUUGCAAAUAAUUGUGAAAGCUGCAAAUAACUACAAAUGGAUUCCAUGGUUCGUUACAUUUCGCCGGUCAAUCCGGCCGUUUUCCCACAUCUGGCUAGUGUGCUGCUGCUCAUUGGAACGUUUUUCACGGCGUGGUUUUUUGUGUUUGAAGUGUCGCGGCCAAAAUUAGGUGGAAAAGAUGGCGUCAUUUUCAAGGAACUGCUAAUAUCGCUGUUUGCCUCGAUUUUCCUCGGAUUUGGUGUAUUGUUUCUGCUGCUGUCGGUAGGAAUUUACGUGUGAAUGUUUCUACAUUCACUGGCAGUGCCAGGAUCUGCUACUAACUUUAACACACUUCUAUGUCUGUAUGUAUCGAGCGUGUGAAUGGUCCAAUCCAGUGUGAGCCGUUUCAAUCAAUUUAUGUAUUCCAUGCCAACGCACUGAAUAGUAAUCAAUUUCUUAAAUUUCACGUGGUUUUGCCGAAAAAAAAGAAUUUGAUGAGAAUAAUAAAACGAUUGAAAACUAAAUUUUAAUACAACACUGGUCUAUGUAGGCAUCAA